AUGAUGAUGGAUCAAGCACAUUUUGGAGAAUAUCUGCUCAGGCAACAAAUGUUGCAUGCCGCAUCUUUAAGUAGUUUACAGCAUCGAGUAGGCGCGGACGCUGAGCCUCCCGCGUGUGAGGCGCGGCUGCUUAACGGCGAACUGUGGCGACGCUUCCACGAUAUCGGCACUGAAAUGAUCAUCACUAAGGGUGGAAGACGCAUGUUUCCAUCCCUCCGCGUGUCGCUAAGCGGACUCGACCCUCGCGAGGAGUACUGCGUGCUAUUGGAGCUCUCCCUGGUGGGGCGAAGGCGCUGGCGUUGGGCCGGGGGCUCCUGGGCCGCCGCGGGAGGCGCCGAGCCACAGUCCCCACGCAGGCUGAUGCUGCAUCCUGAUUCCCCUGCUCCUGGACACCACUGGACUGCUAAUCCCGUGUCGUUUAGUAAACUCAAACUGACAAAUAAUACGAUGGAUGCGCAAGGACAUAUGGUCUUAACGUCCAUGCACAAGUACCGUCCACGCGUCCUCGUUGUGCGCGCUCGGGACGCAGCAGCACUCGCUUGGGGAGCUCCACACGCGUCUUUCUCCUUUGCUGAAACGGAGUUUAUAGCUGUCACCGCCUAUCAGAAUGACAGAAUAACGAAGCUGAAGAUCGACAACAAUCCAUUCGCAAAGGGCUUCCGUGCGUGCGGGCAGUCCAAGUGCAAAAGAAAGUCCAUUGAUACUGAUACCAGUCAUCCAGAAACACAGAACGAGCCAACGGAUGCUAAACGCCCUUGUUCGGAUGCUGCAUCAUCAUGCUCUGAAGAGAGUAUGCGUUCAUCUUCACCAAGAUCUCCACCAUUAGUUGAAUCUCCGAAUCCACUCAUCGUUUCGGACAAUUUAAGCCCGCCUCCAACAUUCUAUCCGCCUGAGUUACCAUACAUACCUAUGCCAAUGCCUUUGCCUCUAGGAAUGUGGCCUGCUAAUAUUCCUGGUAGCUUCUUAGGGUCUUCAUGGAGUCCAGUACCCCCUGUUCCUCAAAGUAUACCGUCACCUCCCAAUCCUCCCCCAUGCCGACGUAUCAAGAGCUUUACGAUCAGUGCCCUACUCGGUGAAGGC